CUCGCCCUGCGCAAUCGAUCUGACAGCAUGGCGUUUCUUUAAAUGUCAUCAUCGCGGGAAUUUGAAAUCAAAGAUAAUUACUCCCGACUAUCAUCUUCUGGAGUGUUGACCCGCCAACUUUUAAACUGAGUUGUACGUGAAAUUCAAGUGAGAAUUGAAAGUUGCUGGUGCGUCUCUCACUUGCCGUCGUUUUUCGGUAUCCCCGCAAGAGUAACAGGCUUGAAGAUUCAGACGCACCUAUGUAUAGCACAGUUUAUCAAAUGUAGACGUCCAGUGUAAGUCGCGCCAGCUAACCGCUAGAUUGUUUGUUACCUUCUCUCGUAAACACAAUAUUUUCGAAUAAAACAGUGUAAAAAAAUUUCUCCUUCAUCUACUGUUAUGUAAACCAAAGUGCCAAUAAAUUUGAAAGUAACGGUAAUACCAGUUGGUGUUUAAUAAUUAAUGUAAUUGAUAAUUACUUGUUUAUUUUGUGCGGCAAUUUAGAACUUGCCUGUGGAAAAAAAAACGAGAAGCCAAAAUGGUAAACGAUUAUGCAGAGAUUGCAAACAAUGCAGAAAUAAAUAAACCGAAUUGCGAUGGAGAAAAUGACACGGACAAUCCCCUGGAAUUACCAACAACAACGACAAUUAGUACGAUAGCUUUACAAAGUGGAAAUACUCGUCUUGUCAUUGCACUUCUGCAGAGUGGGAGCUUUUUGAAACUGAAAGUUCUGGAGAUCUACCCUGAACUUUCGAAACUGGGGGUGACUGUUGAAACAGCAACCGAUCUUGCAACUGCCCAUGACGAAGUUCUGAUCCAUUUGAAAAAUAAGCAGAGCCCUGUUGAAGAAUUACUGCGACAAGCUGAUCAUCUCAUUUCAACCCAAAAACCUCGAGCUGAAGUUUAUGCAGCAAUGGCAGAUACUUUGGGUCAAGCCUGGAAAGAUGUUAAUGCCUUUCUAGAGCUUCGAAAACAAAUUUUAGAUCAUAAUGUUCUAUUUCAAUGUUGCGCCGAAGAAUUCAAAAUAAAUGCGACAGCUCUAGAAAUCAUCUGCACAGAUGAGCAAUUGCCGAUAGAGAUUGAAUCAGUUAAAAAAAUGAUAAGUAAAAUUCAUGAUGUUAGAAGAGAUAUGCUCAGUACUCUCCUCAGUACACUUCAAGAGGGCAAAGUCUUGAUAGAACAGUUGCGUGAAGCAAUUGAUGGAGAAUUAGAUUUGCUGCCGGAUCCCAUGAGAGGUGACGUCGAAAAUGCAAUAGUUCACGUCGAGAAAAAUCUCGAGGAGAUACACGAGCAGAGAAAAAUCACCGAAAUGUAUUUCAAUACGAGGAAAAAUCAAUUGGAGCAGUGCUUAGCACUGGCUCUUCUGGCAAUUGAUCUGCGAAGUCUUGAAGUGACUCUCAAUGAAAAAAUUGCUGCUUUCAAAAGCAACGGCAAUCACUUGGGCGAUUCGUGUGCCAGUACCGAGGGAUUGCUUCUCGAUUUGAGAAAUCUUCAGCAAGAAGCUAAAAUAUUCCAAGAUCGAUUACUGAAAAUAACUAAAUCGACCGAGAAACUUGUAUUAGAUGGGCAUUUUGCUAGCGAACAAGCGACAGAAAAAGCGUAUACUAUUUUAGAAAAAGCUGCAGAGUAUAUAAAUCAAUUGGAAAACUAUGAAUAUCUUCUCAAUAGAGUAGGAAAAUUCUUCGAUUCGGUACAAACAGCUGUUGUAGAAUUAAAUUAUUUGGAAAUGAAGCUUUCAAACAACACAUACCAGAUAUAUUCAGCUGAAUAUAUGAAUUUUUAUACUCAGGCUAUCGAAUCUCUAUCGAAAAUUACAAUGAAUUCUAUAACCGAAGGAUAUGAAAUACUCGAGAUCGUCGGAAAAGGAACACCUGGGGCCGAGGGGGUGCGACAAGCCGUUGAGGAAUUGGAAAAUCGUAAACUAAAAUUACACGAGCGAUGUACAUCAUGUAUAGAAGAAAAUCUCAUGGCUUGCGAUGAAUUCACGAAAUUUUUCGACAAAUACGAGACACUAAAGACGUGGCUUGAAUUAACUAUAGAAGCAUUUAUUCGUGACAAUGCGAAUUUGGGAAAUGAUUUUUCAAUGGCCCAGACUUUUUACAAACAGCAUGAAAAAUUGUUGCAAGAGUUGAGAAAGCGGGAAAAUGACGUACACGAAUGUUUAUCGAAAUUUAAUAAUAUUAAUGUCGAUUUGAGGAAUGAUGAGGGAAAAAUUUUCCAGAAGGAAGACAUUGAUAAAUACACCCAUGGACUGAAGGACAAAUGGUUGAUCUUCGAUAAUAUUAUUGAUGCUCGACUUCAUUUGAGUUCUCUGUACAUCGCAAUUCACGAAAAAGCCGCAAAUCUUUAUAAUGAUUUUGAUGUAAUCAGUAAUCAAAUAAACGAGAGUGAGAAUUUAGAGGAGAACGGGAUGCCGCAAAAUUUUGGGAAGAAAUUGGGUGAUCUCGGAACUCUCUAUUCGGAAUUGAAAAAUGAUGGGGAGAAUUUCAUCAGUGAAAUCAAUAAAAAUACUGAUCCGUAUUUGGAUAAAUCUCAUCCUAGGAAUGUAGUGGAAAUUAUUUUAGAAAAUUUUACAGCUAAACGCUUGAGCAUUACGGAAUCAUGGGAACAUUGGAAAAUGUCAAUGACAAUUACGAGACAGAUGAAGACUGAACAAGAGACCAUAAUUAAGGAGAUCGUUAAAGUCUUGGAAUUACUUUCGAGUGCGAAGAAUCGAUUAUUUUGCAAAUUAAAUGUUGAUGCUUUAACGCCUUCUGCGGUAAUCGAAAAUUUAGAGACAAUGCAAAAUGAUUUUCUCUCUAAAUUGGAUACAGCAUUCUCCCGUUUGCAUUCAAAAAUAAAUAAUUCCAAUCGAUACGAGAAUUUGUGGAAAAUAAUGCAACAAAAUGAGAAGCAGUGCCAUGAAUUAUACAAUAAUUUACAGACGAUUGUUCUGAAAUAUAAAGAUCUACUGCAAGAUUUCGUGGAGAUGCUAGAAUUUGUAAAAGGACUUGAACAUAAAUGUGGGGGUCUUUUACAGACACAUGCAGGGAAAAAAUCCCCUUCAUUGAUGAUUUCCGAAUCAAAAAUUGAUAUCCAGGAAAAUAUAAAUGAAAUCAGUGAAUUCAAUGCAGCAAUUGAUCGAAUUCUUCUGAAAGAAUCGACAGGACCAGAGAUGACAGAGAAAAUUUCUGGAAUUGACAUGGAGCAAUUGAAAAGAAUUGAUCACCGGACAUUCGCGUAUUUAAUGAAAAUGUCAUCUGAACUGAGAGGACGAAUUCAGAAAUGUUUAGUAUACUCUCGUUUUGCUGAAAAUUUAAAUUCCAUCGACGAAGAAAUACGCCAGUUGGGCAUUCAACUGCAAGGGAUCAGAGAGUUCCAUCAAUAUUUCAGUGGUGAUGAAAUUUCAUUGGUCAAAUCUACAUCUGAUGCUUUCAAAAAUGUCAAUGAAAUCAUCAGCACUGUGGAAACAAAAGUGAAUAAAUUCAUUAUUACCACUGAGAAAAAUAUAGAGACGAUCUAUGAUUCUCAUUCAGCAUCAAAAAUUCGGGAUGAAUUAGCGAAUCUAAAGAAAAAGUGGAAUCAACUUGAAUUAUCAGUCAAAGAAAUUCAGAAACGGAUAGACGCAACUGUCGAAUAUUUCAAGUUACUUCAGGAAAUAGAAAAUUGGUACGCGGAGUUGAAAAAAUUACUGGAGCAUGCGACUAAAAAAUCAGUCGGAGAGAAAAUUCCCCGACAUCCUGAGGAUACGUUAAAUGCAAUUAAACAAUAUUUAGAAAAAGGGGAAGAACAACAAGAGAAGAGGAUUAAAAAAAUUCGUGAAUUGUCGACGGAAAUAUUUGGGACUCAGCGAUUACCGCAAUUCAACAAAGUAAUUAUGGAUAAUCAGGAGACAUUGGAUUUAUGCGCCGUGACAAUAUCUGAACUCCGCACAUUAGCCGAUAAUAUGGAUAAGGCAGAUAAAAUUCGACGAGAGAAUUCCGAAGAAAAUGGAGAUGAAUCGAAGGCUAUCGCUAAAUCUACGAGCGAUGGACAGGCAGCGAUUGAACAACAAAGAGAUAACACCAAAGUUGAAAAAACAACGACUAUCAUAACAGAAAGUACAAUUCAUAUCCAGAAGAAAGCCACAUUUACAGAUAAUUCUACAAUCGAUGUAAAUACAAUAAUUCUGAAAAAACCCACAGCCAUUGCGGAUGAUGAAUGUAUAAACAGGGAAAUCAGUGGUCCACCCAUUUUCAUCAAACAAUUGGAAUCGAUUUCCGUGAAAAUCGGCGCUUCCCCCACAAUUGAAUGUACAGUCGAAGGAAAUCCGUUACCAAUAGUUCAAUGGUAUCGGAAUGAAACGAAUAUCGAUGAUUCGCCGGAUUAUAUUAUCACAUACAACAACGGUCAGGCGAAAUUAAAAUUUCUGGAAAUCACCCCUGAAGAUCGAGGACUUUACACUUGUAAAGCACGUAAUAAACAUGGAGAAGCCUCCACAGCAGCAAUGGUUGAAUUAAUAAAAGAUGAUGAAACCUGUGGAACCGAUGAAAUCGAAAAAUUAUCGAGAACUUUUGCGAAAUCAGAUGAUGAAAAAAUGACAGCUGCUGUAGACGUACCUCAGUUCACACCCCCGAGUAUCAAAUUACAUCUGCAAGACCUUCGAGUACAUGAAGGAGGAAGUGCAACACUGGAUUGUAUAAUUAUUGGGCAACCCGAACCAGAAGUAAUCUGGUACCACGAUGAUCACCUGGUGAAAGAGUCUCCAGACCUUCAACUGCUAUUCCAGGGAGACAAAUGCUCACUGAUAAUUCAUGAAGUCGUGAUGAGUGAUUUUGGAAGAUACAAAGUAGUUGCUGUGAAUUCUGAAGGAAAAAUUUCGAGCGAAUGCGCGUUAUUGGUUCAACCGAUCGAAAUUAGUGAAAUCGAUACAAAAUCGAAAAGAGAUACGAUGAUUCCCCCUUUCUUCUCGGCAACUCUUGAAGAUCGUUAUAAAUCCGUUGGAGAGUCAGCAAAAUUCGAAUGCACCGUUCAUGGGACACCAGUGCCCGAGAUACAAUGGCUUUUCAAUGACAAGCCCGUGAGGGAUUGUCAAAAUUUUUCUAUAUCCGCCGAAGGUGAUCGUCGAAUUCUCAAAAUACCAGAGAUAACUGGCGAACACGUGGGUUCCAUCUCUUGCAUUGCUGAAAAUAUUGCGGGGAAGGUCACAUGCACAGCAAAACUCGAUAUUCACGAGGGGAUCGAAGAGAAAGACGUUAUCGAGACAGACGAUAGAAUCGAUAUGCAACCAUCGAGCAGUUGCGAGAGAUACCUCCAACUAGAAACGAAUAGUGCGGUACCUCACCAGAUAGGUCAGGACGAAAUUACCAAGAUGUCCUCGUCAACAAGUCAGUCCCUGAUGAGUAAAUCAUCUUGCAUUAAAGAGUAUAAAUUAUCAUCUAAAUCUAACAUACUCGACUCGUGUCCGUUGAAUUCCAUGAAUGGAAUUCCUGCUCUGCACAUUGAAUCUCGAAAGUGCGUUAACGAAAUUAAUGGUGGCCAGCCAAAUAUUCAGACUCAUAAAGUUGAAGAGUUUCAAAGAAUAAUACGAGAUGCGCCCGAUAAAAUUCAGCACGAAAAGCUCAAAAUAAUUAGCGACACUACCCCGAAAAUUCAGAAACAAACUCGAAAGAAUAUAACUCCAAGAUUCAUAACACCGAUUACUGGAAUGAUUGUUGAUCAAGGCAGUAAUGUAAUUCUAGAAGGCGUAAUCGAUGGUUUCCCCCAACCAAAAAUUACGUGGAGCAAAAAUGGUCAAGAUGUGGAUAAUAACGUAAAGACGAGUUUUGAACAUAAUCACGUUCGAUUGGAAUUGAAAAACGUGAAUGUUAAAGAUGCUGGAAGAUAUACUUGCACAGCUAUAAAUGAAGUUGGAAAUGCGAGCAGUACUGCUGAUCUUGUUGUGAAAAAAACGAUUUUCCCGCCAGUCUUCGGUAAACGGCUGCAGGCACAAAUAGCCAAGACUGGUGAACGCGUAAUUAUGGAAGUGGAGAUCACCGGAACUCCAGAGCCAACGGUGACAUGGUACAAAGAUGAUGAACCGUUGAUGGAUACUGAUGGGGAAUUACGCCAACUCGGUAAUUGUUAUCUAUUAAUUAUCGAACGCGCUGAGAAAAGGCACGCAGGAAAAUAUAUGGUGAAUGCGGCAAAUGCUGGAGGCGAAGCUCAAAGUAUCGCAGAUUUCGCUGUCUUCGAACCAACUCCAGACACAAUGGUGGAGGUCCAUAAAACAAUUGUGUACGAAAACAUGGCAGAUAAAGAUUUGAAGCUGGACGAGAAGAAAAGUCAGUUGCCCUCUGCUGCUUUGACUGCUGAGCAUAUUGCUACAACGAUGAUUCAACCGAGUCCUAUUCUGAAGACACUUGUGCCACCACCAUCUUCUACGACACCAUUACUCCGGAGGAUUGAACUGAUAACGCCGACAACAUCUACGAAGACAUCCAAAAAAACUGAAGAAAUCGUUGAAAAGGCGACACGAUCUGAGAUGAUCUCAUCAACGAUUGAGUCACAUCAGAGUGAAACAAAAUCAGAACAAAAAUUUCACAUGAAACUUCAACACGAAGCCCCUGAUUUGAUAAUUGAUAAUGCGAAGGAAUCAUCUUCGACACGAUUAGUUCAAGAUGUUAUGAAAAAAAUGGAUACGAAAACAGUGGAUUCCACUGAGACUCAAGACAACGAUAACAUCGAAACUUCAGUACUGGCGAAAAAAGAUGCAUUAAAUUUCUUUGAAUCAAUGGCCAAAGAAGGCGAGACUGCACCAAAAAUUAAUAGAGCUGUAAUAGAUUUAAAUGAAGAGGCCAAAGAUGGAAAUUACGAUGUGAAGGUUGAUAAAUUAACAAAGAAUUAUGAGAGAUCGACGAAAUUCGAGGAAGUCCGAGGAAGCAAUGAAACUGAAGUACAAUCGAAGAAAUUGGUUCAGAAUAUCUCGAAUAAAUUGCAGAAUUCCGGAAUGAAAGAUAAAGGAAUCGAAAACGUGAUGAUAGAUUUUCCUUACGACAAUUAUAAAUUACCGCUGUUGAAUACGCAACGGACUAUUCUGGAAGAUACCACGGCAUCGGGUUCACCGAUUCACGGUACUUUAACUAUUUCUAAAUUAGCUGCUCAAUCCGAAAGCGCAGAGAAAAUGCUUUCUGGUUUCAAUCUGACCCCUGGCCCUCCUCCGGAAAUCGAUUACAUGCCAAAAAGAACUGACGAUGCAGUUGAAAAACGAACAGAUGUUUUAUCGAAGACGAAGCAACUGGAACAAUUUCAAACGACAAGUUGCGCUCCUCCCGUUGGAGGUGUCCAAAUUUUUCCAAGUGGUCAUCAAUCAAAAAAGACAGAUGAAAAAACAAAGAUGUCUAAAAGUCAAAUGGUUUCAUUCAACGAAUCGUCCGAUACCAUGAAGGAUACAUCACGAAAAUACGAAGAAACAGAAAAUGUAACCGAAAAAUGGUGGUCUUCAACAUCGAAUUUGGAAACACGUUCCGAUAUUUCAACGGAUUUAUCCGAUUACAGAUGUCAAUCUGCUGCAUCUUUCAGUCAAUUGGACCGAUCAUUAUCUCCGAAGCCAUCGGUUGACGGAUUGGCAAUGGAAAAAGCUUGGGCUAAAAAAGCCGACACCAGUAGAAAAUCGUGGCCACCGCUGAAGAGUUACCCCAAUACAUCGAAUCUUAAUGACCACGCGGAGAAUAAUGAACCGUUGACAAGUAAAGUGACGUCUCAUGAGAAAAGAGAAGAAGUUUCUGAAAUUCCUGGGUGUGGAAUAACAAAGACAAAGAUUGAGUCAUCAAGCAGCUUAGAAACACGAUCUUGGAAUAGUAAGGAGAAUCGAAUGGAGGAAACGGUUAUUGAAAAGCCAGGAAUUAUUCCGAAUUCGUCACCAAAGAGUCCAAUCUACACUCCUCAAGUGCCAGUGAAGAUGUAUAAAGCUGAGACGAUUAAAGUUGAUCAUACAUUGAAUUCUAAUGAAGAGCAAUCAAUCACUAAAAAAUACUCGUCUCAGUGUAAAGUUGAUGAGAGCUACCAAACGAGUCAGAAAAUUUCUGCCUUGGAGAAAUUGGAGGCACCAAAUUUGGUGAAGGCUGCAACAUCAUCUCCAAGAUCUGCUCCGGUGCAGCUUUACCAUAACGCAAGUGAUAAUGCUUCAAGCUGCAUGAGGAAUGGAAAAGCCAAAGAUUUUCAAUCUUCAUCGUCGAUAUUCAGAGGAACACUAGCAACAGCCCCAAAACACAGUGCCAAUAUACAAUUGUACAAGACAAAUACUCCGACGCUAUCGACUGAUCCUGGUAUUAUUCUGGAACCAGGUACCCCUCCGGAAAUUGGGUACAUACCAAUGUCCGUUUAUGAAGAAAAAAAUAUUAUGACGGAGAAGACAGUUGUGAGAAAUCCCGUAGAGAUUCCACCGCCAUUUCAAAGGCAAAACUUUUCCGCUGAGAGUGAUUUUGAAUCAGAUUUCGGAUCGUACAAAUCUAAAUGUCGAUCUUGUGAGAGUGAUCAUGAAGAACCGAAAUACAGAAGAGUCAAAGCGCCAAUUCCAAAACAACCGAGACCAAAAUCAGCAGAACCAGAGCCACUACCACCUUCGAGUUUUGAAAUUCCACCUCCCGAAUUGACAGGUCCAUCUAGACCGAUGUCAAUGGCAAUGCCAGUUUCUAGUCGUCAACAAGAAAGGGGAGGCAUUGAUUUUUUGACCCCAGGAUCACCACCGACGUACGUCCAAUCAAAUAUCAAACCUGACUCGCCAAAAAUGAAGAGUCGACUUUUUGAAAAAGUCAGUGGAUACAUGGCUGAUACAGACGAACCCAUCAAUAAUUCCACUAAAACCUCAUCAUUCUCAAAAAAUUACGAGAAAAGCGAAAGUGUUUUCAUGUCUUCCAGCAAUCAGUCUUACAAAAGCUCAUCAACUUAUGGCAGUAAUGAUUUCGGAGCGCCUAAGGAAUCAAGAGGUCUAUUCAAAUUCGCUGGGAGCGAAUCUUGGACAACAGACCCUGGAAACAAUUAUAGCAAUAGAAUAUCUAUGGCAGAGUCACGUAAUGAAACAAAAAAGAAUUACUGUUCAAAGUCUUCGAGACCAGUAGCAUCAGAUCGAUCACGAAUGGACAAUUCUACAGUCUCUAGAGAGAAAGAUAUUAUUCAACCGUAUCUAGACAUUUUACCAAAGAAAGCCCCUUUUUUUACCACGCCGCUUAAAGAUAUCGCUGUGGUCAUGGGCCAGACCGCAAGGUUUGAAUGUAUAAUUGAAGCCGAACCACAGCCUGAAGUUUAUUGGUCGAAAAAUGGCGAGAUUAUUCAAGAUUCCUGUCAUUUCGAGGUCCAUUACAGAAAUGGUGUAUGCCGGCUAGUCAUACCCAUUGCAUAUCCCGAUGAUACUGCUACAUACGUAUGUACAGCGGUAAAUCAACUCGGAUCCAAUACUACCUCCGCGACUUUGCAUGUGAAAGGUAAUAGAAGAUCCAUACAAGCAAUUCAUUAACAAGAAAUGGGAAUGACAUUCGGUUAAGCCGUAAUACUGACCGUAAUGAGCCGUGGUAAAGGUGAUUGUAAUCAGCGGUGGUGGGAAAUUAUUCUCUUGUAAUCUUGCUUUUAGUACUAUAAUUCAAUCCUUUGUGGCAAUUUACACACAAUCGAGAGGAGAAACUGACGGCAGAGUAUUAUAAUUUACGCAUUAUUAUGUCUUCGUUGUAGUUAUUUUCAAAAUGGUGAAUAAAUUGUACAUUUUUCGAAGUAAUCGCUCAAAAAAAUGAUAGUACUAAUUAAUAUCGGUUCAAGAAUAUCCAGAUAUUUUUGGAGUUUUCAAUCAAUUUCCAAUCAACUUUAAUUACAUCAUUAGAAAUAUGAUAUUCGUUUUGUUGUUAAUUUCAUAAUUGAAAACAGUCGUCAGUUACUUCUCUCUUUUAUGCACUCCAUUGGAAGAACUCAUAAUAGAAUUGUUCCACAUGAAUAUAAUGGAAUAAAAUGGGGAAAUAAAUCGUCUCUUGUCAUUAUUUUGUAACAGAGCUGCACGACUUUUAUAAAUUCAUGGAAAUAAAUAUUUACUGGUUGUUAGAGUGAAUAAAAUUAAACUGUUUUCAUUUA